AUGAGGCUACUUCCGGUCGUUGGAUUGUUUAUUGCCCUGCACUUUCCCUCGAUCAUCGCCCAUUAUCGCGCCCCACCCCAGCCAGGAUGUGCGAGGAGAGUUGUCGGAUACAUCACCAGUUGGGGGGAUGUGCCGUUUCGGGAUGAGCAGGCGACCCUUCUCACCCACCUCGUAUUUGCCUUCUUCGCGAUGGGACCCGACGGGGAUCUCAGUCUGACUGGAAAGGCCGCCACACGGCUACACGAUGUCAUGCAGGUUGCACGCCGACACGCUCACCUGAAAGUCCUGUUCGCCAUCGGUGGGUGGGAGAACUCGCAGCACUUCUCGAAAAUCGCCGCCAGCCAGGCGGGAAGGGCAAAGCUGAACGGGAACAUCAGAAAAGUGAUCCAAGAGUUCAAAUUUGAUGGUGUCGACUUGGACUGGGAGUAUCCGGUCACCGGAGGGGCUGUUGAGGGAGAAGAGAUGGAUCGCCAAAACUACGUUCAACUGAUGGCUGAACUGCGCCAGGAGCUGACGGAUCUGAAGGAGUCGGAAGGCCGACCCGAACAGUAUCUCAUCUCAUUUGCAGGAGCGGCUGGUUACUGGGUGCUGAAGCCGGGCUUCGACCUCCAGAAUUUACUCCGCUACGUCGACUUUGUCAACGUCAUGUCGUACGACUAUUUUGGUGCCUGGCAGAGCAAAUGGGGCGCGUUUACUGGUCCCCCAGCCCCGUUGCACUUUGCGAUGCCGAAGAAGUUCUCCGGAAAGAUGAACGUACACGCCACGAUCAAGUACUACUCCUGUCAGUUGAGGGACACGAUGAAGAUCAACAUGGGAGUACCCUUCUACGGUAGAUUCUGGCAUAACGUUGGGGAAGCUGUUGCUCCCGGAGAUGACAUGUGGAGAACAGCCAAACCUGUAGAAGGAGAGGACAAGUUUGAGGGCGGCGAUGUCCAGUGGCGCCAAAUGGCCUCCAAAUUUGACGUCUCCAGAUCGAAAUUCCACGAGGGGUCUAAGGCUCCAUUCAUCUGGAUGCCCGAAAAUUCCACCUUUAUUGGGUAUGAAGACGCCGCGAGUUUGGGGCAUAAGGUUCAAUACAUCAAGGAGCGCAACAUUGGAGGGGUGAUGAUUUGGGCCGUUGAUUUUGAUGACGAUAAUUUGACGCUUUUGAAGGCAGCAACCGGCGGCGAACUCUGCACACAUCCCUUCAAGCAGGACUUCCCCUACAAAUGCUCUCCGGUAGAGGAUCAGAGAUGGUGGACUUUUGAGGAUAAAGCUGAAUACGCCGGGAUGUGCGGCCGCUCGGCUCCCCUUUAUAAUGGCUACUACCCUGUUUGUGACCCUGAUGAUCCUGGACACGCCUGCUGCGGCAAAUUCGGGUAUUGUGGCUCCGGACCGGAAUUUUGUAGUUGCCCGGAAUGCGUUGACUAUGGCGCGGAUCCGAAUUUGAUGCUCAAAGAACCGAUGAAACCGGAAAGGAAGGUGACAUGGUAUACCCUAGCUUCCGGAGAAGGCCGACGCGGCCGCUGUGGGCCCCUAGCACCCCCGAAUGAAUACGGUGGCCCAGCUACGUGCAAUCCCGAUGAUCCGAAUGCUAAAUGUUGCUCGAAUGGGGGUUACUGUGGAUCUUCUCCGGAACACUGCGACUGCCCCGGAUGCAUCGAUUUCACCAAGAAACCGGAUUACAUGUGGCGUCCGGUCGAGUGGUGGACGUAUGCAGAGAAUGCGAAUAAUAUUGGAAAAUGUGGCCUCGCAGCUCCACUCCUCCCGAGCGGAAAAAUCCCCAAAUGUGACCCGGAAUCCAACGCCCCGUGCUGCAGCCAAUCUGGAUACUGUGGAAACGGGGCCUUAUACUGUGACUGCGUCGGCUGCGUCGAUUUCAUCAAAAACCCGAACUGGGAGUGGAAACGCCAAGUUGUUUCGGUGGUUUCGAGCCCGGCCACGCCGCUGGGA